AUAUAUGAAGAGAGCUAAAAUAUCAAUUACAGGUCAAACUAUGAAUUUAAAGAGCAAACUACGUAUAACUAUAUUUUUAAAAAUUGCAAACUCAAAUAAACAAUAUGAGCAACCUUCAGAUCCAUUAUAUAAAGCACUACUAAGAAGAUGAAAGAGCAUAAUGAAAAAUGGAAGCUUCAAGAGAGCAAACUCAUUUUGUUCUAGUGCAUGGGAUAUGCCAUGGGGCUUGGUGCUGGCACAAGCUCAAACCACGGCUCAAGUCCGCCGGCCACCGGGUCACCGCGCUUGAUCUUGCGGCUUCGGGCAUCAACAUGAAGGCAAUCCAAGAUGUUCAUACUUUUCAUGACUACAGUGAGCCUUUGUUGGAUCUUUUUGCUUCACUUCCUCCAAAUCAAAAGGUGAUACUUGUUGGGCAUAGCCUGGGAGGCUUGAAUUUGGCCAUUGCAAUGGAAAAGUACCCGGAGAAGGUAGCCGUUGGGGUUUUCGUCACUGCCCUUAUGCCAGAUACCACACACAAGCCAUCAUACGUCUUGGAUCAGGUACGACAUCAACAGCAAGUAUUUGGUACUUCUAAAUUUGCAUUUGGCAAAAAUAUGGCCCUUCCCCCUUUUAAAUUAUAUUUCGAAGCUACUCCUAAUUGGCAUUGUGGUAACGUUUGUUACAAAUUACGUUGUAAUUUGUUCAAGGAUCUUGAGCUGGCCAAGACAUUGGUAAGGCCAACAUCAUGGUUUCAUGAGGACUUGUCCAAGGUCAAGAAUUUCUCAAAUGAGGGGUAUGGGUCGGUUCCGCAAGUUUAUGUUGUUUGCGAUGAGCAUAGCAUUAGUAAGGAAUAUCAGAGAUGGAUGAUUGAAAACGGUGGGGCUAAAGACGUGAUGGAGAUUAAGGGCGCUGAUCAUAUGGCAAUGUUUUCAAAACCACAGGACCUUUGCCAUUGUCUCCUUGAGAUUGCGCGUAAAUACGCUUAAAAUGAUUUAUAUGCUAUUAUCAAUAGAGUAAUUUAUAUACUUAUCUCUUAUCUCACUUUCAAACCUCUAGGCUGAUGUUGUAGUGUCCACCAUC